UUUCAUCUUCGUCAUUUAAAUGUUUGUUGCAGUUCUAAACAAGUAUUAUCUUCAAUACAUCAACUUGACAUUGAUUCAACUUGUCAUCAUCAUGUCUCUCGAGAGUCCAACUGCUUCUCCUCUUCGGAAAUCAACAAAAUUUGAGGGUUCUCCAUCUCGUCUAUUCCUGACAGCUCUCUGUGCAAGUCUUGGCCCCUUCACAUUCGGGUUUACAAUUGGUUACAGCUCGCCUGCAAUUCCUAAACUAGAGCAAGAAAAGCUUCUUGAUGGGAAAAGUUUAACAGGAUGGUUUGGUGCUAUGAUGACAGUCGGUGCCAUUUUCGGUGGUCCUUGUGGAGGCAAGUUAAUCGAGAAAUAUGGCAGAAAACAAACGUUGACAAUAGCUUCCGGGAUAUUCUUUGUGGGAUGGCUUAUGACGGGAUUGGCGUCAGGUAUUCAAAGCCUACUAAUUGGUAGAACUUUGUGUGGAUUUGCAAGUGGUCUAAUAACAGUAGCUGCCCCUGUCUACUUUGCUGAAAUUUCCACAAAGACACUGCGAGGAUUUCUCGGAGCAAGUAUGCAAUUGUCAAUAACCGUUGGCAUUGUUGCAGCAUAUGCCAUAGGAAUGGCAUGUUCCUGGUCUAUGUUAGCAUUCUUUGGUGCAUUGCCUGCAGCAUUGGCGAUAUUGCUACUCUUCUGUAUUCCAGAGACACCCAGAUAUCUUAUUCUGAAGAACAGGAGAAAGGAUGCAUUGCUAGCAUUGGCAGCUCUGAGGGGGCCUCAUACAGACGUGGAGGAUGAAUGUCGAGACAUAGAAGAGGGAUUUAUGCAGGAAGCAGGAUCCUCUUUCUCCUAUUCUGAGUUUAAAAAACCAGAGCUGUCUCGUCCCUUGUUCAUCUCCGUCAUGAUCAUGGUUUUUCAACAGUUCAGUGGGAUCAAUGCAGUCAUGUUUUACACAGUGUCCAUAUUUCAGAGUGCUGGGUAUAAGAACAGUGAGCUUGCUACUGUUGUUAUUGGCGUUGUUCAGGUAAUCGCAACACUUGUAGCUUGCUUCUUAAUGGACAAAGUUGGACGAAAGAAAUUGCUAAUAAUAGCAGGUUCUGUAAUGGCACUGACUUGCACAACAUUUGGAUAUUAUUACUUUCGCAUCAGUAGUGGAACUCACGCAGACAUCAGUUGGCUCGCUAUCACAAGCCUUGUCAUCUACAUCAUAGGCUUUUCCUUGGGCUGGGGCCCAAUCCCCAUGUUAGUGAUGUCGGAACUUUUCCCAGCCCCAGCAAGGGGUGCAGCUAGUGGUAUUGCAGUGUUUGCAAACUGGUUUUGUGCUUUCCUGAUUACCAAGGAAUUCAUUUUAUUGCAAGAACUGUUUGGACAAGCAGGUACCUUUUGGAUCUUUGGUGUCUGCUGUCUUUGUGGUGUUAUGUUUGUGUCUAAGUACCUACCAGAAACCAAGGGGAAGUCCUUAGAGGAUAUUGAGCUUUAUUUCCUGGGAAGGAGUAUGAUGAUGUAAUUAGUGGGAAUCUCGUUUAUUUGUUAAAAUAUUUAAAGGGCUGGGAUUAUGCACUUCACUCAGUACUAGAACUCUGUACUAAUACAUAUCACAAUAUUUAUGCCACGAUAUCCUGACAUUGUACUCAUACUGGUAAUUGUUUUGAAAUUUUCAUUCUGUGUUGCAUAAUCAAUAUAUUUAUUGACAAAUUUUUUUAGUAGCUUUAUAUGUGAGGUAAAAUAAAAUUUUAUAACAAGACAUGGAAAAGUGUAUUAAAUAUCAUGUGUUUGGUAAAAUAUUUGGAAUUUAUUAUUUAUUAUUCAUUUUAUGUAUAAAAUUCAAGCAUGGGGUAAAAACAAAGAUACAACUGUAUUGUGGAAUCAUUUUAAUUUGUGGGGGUCAUUAUUCCUGGGCAAAUAACAUUUUAUUGGUUCUUUGGGAUGUAAUUUUGUGGGUAACUCGUAAAAACAUACAGAAGAUUCUAUGUAUUAGUAUGUAUGUUAACAAGAUACUUCUUCGUGAGGAUGUGAAUUCUUGCAUAAGGAUGACCUGUAAAAUCCGUGUACAUUGGUCAACCACAAACAUUGAUGAUUCCACAGUAAUUAUUUUGAGUGUGAAUUAAUAUUUCUUAACACAAAUUAAUAUGCAUUUUGACCUUGCACAGAAUCACAAUUUCUGUACAUGUAUAUCAUCCCAGCCCUUAUAAUUUAUGUUACUCAUUUUUUUCUACAUCUAUAUGUAAUUGUACAGUGGGAUAUCUUGAAAUGGUAAAAAUUACUGCCUUUUGCAAGCAUCCAGCUUCAAUGUUUUGAUUUCAGCAAGUGAUUCUUAAAAAAAUAAUUUAUCUACAUGGACAUGUAUCUGCCAAAAUUGCUUGUUGACUUUUCUCCAAGUGUUUCUUUACUUCUCUGUGUGAGCAAUUUGUGUUGUAUACAUGUAUUUAUAAUAUUAAUAAUUUUUUAAAUAUUUAUUUUAUUAAUGUUAGUGUAUGUAGUUUUAUAAAUCUCCUCAAAGCAUAUACUGUAUAAUGGCAUAAAACCAUCGGGCUCCUGUAAAAAUCUGUUCAACAGAAAUGUAUACAGGUACUGCAGUAUAUAUUUUUGAAAUCCAAAAUGCUGUUGUAGAGAAAAUAUUUGUUGAAUUUGAUGAAUAACCAUCUUGUUUGGAAGUCAUGGAUCCUACAUAACCAUUUCCAAUACAUGUACUUCAAUCAUUCCAGAAGUCUUUAACAUGGGCAUACAGCAUGUACAGUAAAACAUUAAUAUUUGUUGCAAUUCUUGUUAUCUGUGGAGGUUCAUUCAUGUCCAUGAUCCACUAUUUUAUGAACUAACAUUUAAAAAUAUUUUUUUUCCGAACAUAGAUGUUCAUAUAGUGUACUGUGAAUUUAUUGUUCUGAAAUAACAUUUUAUUAUACCCAAAGGAGAGGGAGGUAUUUACCCUUGUGUGUCUGUUUGUGUGUCCCUAAAUUUUGGUUGCAGUUUUUUCAACAACUGCUCAUUACAGAUGCUUGAAAUUUUAGCACACUUUUUCUUAAGGCAUUUCAUAUGAUGGAAUUCAUUUAGUAUAAAUUUGAUGUCAACAUGAGAGAGUGUAUCCUCAUCAGAGCAGGGGUAUAAAUUAAAUUGUGAGUAGUGAGCAUUCACCCACAUUCUUGUGUUUUUUUCAUUCAUUUAUAUUAACAUUCUCUGUUGUACUCCAUUUAUUUCAAUUGUAUUAUAUUAACUGGUCUAUAUUUACAUGUAAUCAAAAUUUCUCACUGCAAAAUAAACUCUUUAUAAAAAAUAA